AUGGACGAAGAAGACGUGGAAUCGGCGCCGCCCGCCGAAUCGCAGAAACUUCUCCAAAGGGGGAACCGAAAUUCGUUCGAUGAGGUUAGUUGGCCACGCAAAACGUGCGCUCGAAUGAAAACCAUUUCAGAGGGAUAUGGUGAUGGUGUUGGACAACGAUGAGUUGAUUAUGGAGAACCGGAAUAGCAGCGAUCUGCAGAGCCCGUUGCGGAGCGUCACUGUAUGUUUUUGACUCAAAAUUUGCAUAUCAUUUUCUGACUGAAUAUUCGAAACCCUCUUGUUUGUUCUGUUCUCGGUAUUUUGCAUCAACAAACAAUGGAAAGAACUUUGGCGGUCACACUAAUUUGAUGUCAGCAGUUGAAUCAAAUUACAUUUUCAGGAUGUGCUUCGCGAAGCCGAAAACAUCAUAACAGACGGACCGUUGCAACAGGCAACUACCUUGGAGAAUCAGAAUGUUAUUGUGGAUCAGGUCGACGUUGAAUUGUAAAAAUAUCGAUUCGAAUCUUAUUCGCAAAUUAAUCUUCAUUACAGUCCGAAUUCGACUCCCGCCGAUGGACAACGAUUCGAAAUUAUUGUGCGACACAGUAAAGUUGUCGAGCAGCCAGCUAACCACCAGAGGGACGAUUCGAUUUAUAUUACCAGACAGAACAGAUUGGCCACAGUGCUCGAAGGUUAGCGUUUACUUGUGGAGUAGUUUAAACGCGGGAAGAGAGGAAAGACAAAAAACUUCACUUCCUCCAUGAAAUUCAUCAAUUUGCGGUGAGAAAUGGGAUGUGACUCGAGUUGACAGAAAUGUACUCGUCCUGUUAUUUAUCGUCUCUUGCCAGGCGGAAGAAGGAGUGUCUUCGACGUGAAAAUGUAGUCGUCGUUCCAUUCCUUUCCCGUUCUCUCCAGAAUGAAUCCUUCCCAUUCAGGCAUCGAGAUAGACGGAGGCGAUGGGCCGUCCACGUCGUCAAGCGUUCCCACGUUCAAGAAGGGGCACCGUCGGGCGUGGAGCAUGCCGAACGCAAAAGGAGAAAAAAUGACGGUGGCAGUGAUCCACGACAACCACGAAGAAGGCGGGAAUCAGCAUCGCCGUCGCAUCGUCAAGUAUCGAUUGCAUCCUCAGAGACGCGCAGAAGAUUCUGGAUUGCACAAGCAACUGAGAUUUGUGAGUGCCGCCGGACGGGAUGCCGAAAUUCAUAUGGAGCACUCGGAUGACGAUGACGAGUUGGAAGUGGAGAUUAACGAGGAGGAAGUGAUUAUUCCGAACGAAUCGGGACAGGGAGCGAGAGCAGUCAUCAAAAGAGUGAGCUAGAUUGAUGACCUCCGCUGUUACACUGUUAUUUUUCAGUUCUGGGAGGCCCGCUGGAAAGCGACCAACUUCGAGACUCUUCCGGAAUGGCUCCAGGACAACGAGUACUUGCGCACCGGACAUCGUCCUCCACUGCCGUCGUUCAGCAGUUGCUUCAAAAGCAUCUUCGCUCUGCACACCGAAACAGGCAACAUCUGGACUCACAUGUACGGAUGUGUCGCCUUCUUCGGCGUUGGACUGUGGUUCCUGACGCGCCCGCACGAUCAGAUGCAAUGGGUCGAGAAGCUGAUUUACUCUGCAUUCUUCCUCGGAGCCGUUAUAUGUCUCGGAAUGUCAUUCCUUUUCCACACGGUCGCCUGCCACUCUAUCGAAAUGAGCAAGCUGUUCAGUAAGCUCGACUACACUGGAAUCACGCUGCUUAUCGUCGGCUCUUUCGUUCCGUGGAUCUACUUUGCAUUCUAUUGUCGGCCACAGCCGAUGAUCAUCUACAAUGCGAUGAUUAUCAUUCUUGGAAUUGCGGCGAUGGUGGUAUCCUUGUGGGACAAGUUUGCAGAACCCAAAUUCCGGCCGGUUCGAGCCGGAGUCUUCAUAGCAAUGGGUCUCUCGGCCGUCGUUCCUGCAUUCCAUUUGCUGAUCGUCGACGGAGUUGACUACAUGAUGCAGGAGUCGCAGGUGCACUGGAUGAUUAUUAUGGGAGCCAUGUACAUCGGAGGAGCCACUCUCUAUGCUACUCGCGUUCCCGAAAGAUGUUUCCCGGGAAAAUGCGACAUAUGGGUAUGUUUAUUUCCUCCGUUCUCUUCAUUACAGUGUUCUUUUUCCAGUUCCAAUCUCAUCAGCUCUUCCACACAUUCGUCGUUCUCGCCGCUUUUGUCCAUUACCAUGCUAUCACUCAGAUGGGCAUGAACAAACUGAUGAAGGGCUCCUGCCCGGAACAGUUGCUAGCUCGUUAUGGGAACGAGCGGAACCCUUCGUGGCUCGGCACUUUGCUCGGUCUCGAUGAGCCCGAUGGAGUCACAGACUGGAAUCCCGCGAAAUUCGGAUUCUGAGGACAGGUAGAGCGAUCGAACAGUUUCGAAUCAGCAAUUCGCAAAUUCAGAAUCCUUCACUUGUGUAUAA